AUGCCCAGUGUGGUCUGCUCUAAGAGACAGCUGUCAUCCAUAUGUCCUUUGCUGAUCAUGCAAAGCCUGAACGUGAAUCUCUUUCCCUGCUGUAGUCAUGGCUUCUUGGCCCCCACUUCAGUGUUCCUGAGGGUCACCCUAGGAAGCCAGUUGCCCCAUUUCUUUCCUUCAUUCUUGUCAAACCCAGACACUCCAAGUCCCUUUCAGAGUCCUUGCAGAGCUGGAGGUGGGGGCUGCAGCUGUGGUGAGGAGUGCAGUGCCUGUCUGAAUGAGGAAAUGAGAGCAGCUGCUGCCUCUUGGAGGGCUCCAGGCACAGAAUUCCAACAGUUUGGAUCUGCUAGAGAGGGAGAGAUAAACUGUCAUCAAGUAGAUUGUCCAGACAAAGGGUUGCAUUUAGCAGCUGUUUCUGAAAAGGUGGACCCUGGAAAAGGCAUUUUCAGUAGAUAUAAAAUAGUGGACCAAUCAAGUUCUUUUUGUUAUUUCAAUAUGCUGCUUCAAACAUCCAUUGUUUCUGGUAACGGCAAUAUACCAAAGCCAGCAGCAGGUGAAUGCACUAAUUUUGUUACUGGUAUAACAAAAUGUGUAUACUUCCUCAAACCUUCAAAGUAUUUUUCUACACCUCUGGAUUCCAAUAGUUUUCCUAGGGGAGUUACUGUGAGAGUCUACUUCAGCAAAAAAGGUUGUCGUCAACUAGACACUGUGUUUGCCUUGCCAGGAGUCAUAAUACAUACACCACCAAAGUUGGAUCUAAAGGAAGUAAAGCGCAGGUACCAUGAGUGUCUGGCUGGUCUGCCCCGAAAAUGUCAAAUUCAAAUCACUGUACCAUCAAGGACAAGUGACUCUUCUUUUUUCCAGAAUUUGUUUCCGGAUGACUUAGAUGAAGAAAGUGUGAUUUUAACAUUUGUCCCAGUUACAGAGGAGCCUGGUGAAGAAGUUAUACAAUCCAGUGUUCCAACAGCAGACAAUCUCAACCUAGAGACACCGAAGAAUAACAAAGAUCUUCCACAAACAAAUGACAUGAACAAUUCCUCGAGAACUCGUUGGAAAAAGCCCGUGGGUCCAUUGCCUGCUGUCUUGCCUCCUAUUACUGAGGUGUCUCGUGAUGCCUUGCGUAACUGGUGCCAACAAUUUAACCUGAGUACAGACGGCCAGAAAAUAGAAGUGUAUUUGAGGCUCCUGAAGCGUAGAUAUCCCGAACAACAAAAUUAUAUUCCCAAAACAUCAAAGGAGGCCAGAAUGAUGCCAUAUUCCAAGAACAACUAUAAGAGGGAAAGAAGUCGGCAGAAAAGAAGUAGUAUAAGUGAAAAGGCCAAUACACGCAGGGACACUGUUGGAAAUGAGUCUGGCCUAGAAUUGAAAGGUAAUAUAGUAGAAGUAGUAACUUCUGCCCAAGCAUCUAUGUUGGCAUCUUGGGCACGAAUUGCUGCAGAAACUCCUGAAGCCAAGACAGUGAAGUUUUGUCCUACUGAGUCAACCAUAGAGACAUUUUUGCUGCCGGCCCCUGGUGUCAGGUGGUGCGUAGUCCAUGGCAGACUUCUCCCAGCAAAUGGGAAGGGAUGGGUGCGCCUGCAGUUUUGUGCAGGUCAGACCUGGGUCCCCAACUCUCGCAAGACAAUGAUUUCUCUCUUCCUGUUACCAGCCUGUUUAUUCCCAACCCCAGGACUAGAAGAUAAUAUGUUAUGUCCUGAAUGUGUCAAAAGGAAUAAGAAGAUGCUGAAAACAAUUAAUUGCAAUAGGAGAUAAAAGAAAAAGGCAUACUUUGGGAGACUACCAUCCAUCUCAAAUAUACUACCUUCAAGAUGUUAAUUUAUUUUGG